CUCCAUGCAAACAAACGGCGCACAUUUCCGGCUAUGUGUCCAAUGGAAAGAAAGACGUAAGCGGGACUCUUCAAAUUUUCAGUCUUUAUCGUCUCCAGUGCUCGUCUUCUCGUUGUUAAUUUUCACACGCUGGGGAGCCACGAGGGGAGCGAUGGACGUGUUUCCCAAGCUACUGCUGCGGCCUGAAGUUGAAGACCACUUAAGGAACACAUUUAGAAAUGCAGAGCUCCUGCAUACGCUGAGCCAUGAAGAGGCGAAUCGACGGUUUGAACAGCUGCUGAGUCGCCUCUCGCACCCUCCGCCGUUUACCACACUCCGGGUGAACACCCACCUGGCUUCUGUGGAUUGGACGAGAGAUCGCUUAUCUGAAGAACUCCAGCAGCAGCUGAAGACGCUCCCCAGCGGUGAGAUUUCCAUCCUGCAACACCCGGAGCUUCCCGAUGUUUUACUUAUUCCAGUGAUCGGCCCGAGGAGGAGUUUGGAGAGCCAUUCCUCCGAAGUCAUAGUCGGCCUGCAGUGUGGGAAUGCCGUGCUGCGUGGAGCUCACGUGUUUGUUCCUGGCAUCCAGUCUGCGCCAAAGAAUAUGAAGAUUGGCGACCAGGUCUCUGUUUACUCAGACAUCGGUGGCAAAUGCAGAAGAGGAGCCAAAGAAUUCCAAGGAGAGAAAAUCUUUGUGGGAAACGGGAUUGCCGAAGUGAGCCGCGCUCAGAUCUUCUUGUCGGACGAGCCCCCUAAGGGUGUUGGCAUAAGGAUGACCGAGCCUGUUUACCUGAGCCCUUGCUUUGACAGCCUGCUUCCUAAUUUUAUAUUUUUACAGAACUUGCCCUCUGUGGUAGUGGGCCAUGUCCUUGCGCCCAAACCAGGGGAGAAGAUUUUGGACAUGUGUGCAGCGCCAGGAGGAAAGACCACUCACAUCGCAACACUGAUGCAUGAUCAGGGAGAAGUCAUUGCAAUGGACAAAAUAGCAAGCAAGGUAGCCAAGGUCCGUCAGAAGGCCGAGAUUUUGAAGCUGCAGUGCAUUAAAGCGUUUUGCUUUGACGGGACCAAAGCCGUCUCACGUGAUCACACUGCGAGCAUCACAGAUGAGCCGCCGUUCCCACCGGAGUCCUUCGACAAGAUCCUGCUGGAUGCGCCGUGCAGUGGACUUGGUCAGCGGCCCAGUAUGGCGUGUUUGUGGACGCUGAGAGAAGUGACGUCUUAUCAGCCAUUGCAGCGUAAACUAUUCAGUGUGGCCGUGGAGUUGCUAAGGCCAGGAGGGACUUUGGUAUACAGCACCUGCACCGUCACCCUUGCUGAAAAUGAGGAGCAGGUGGCUUGGGCCCUGCGGACUUUCCCACAUCUCAGACUGCAGCCACAGGACCCCCAUCUUGGAGCCGGAGGUAUGCCUGGAGCAGGAUUGUCCGAGGAGCACCUCAAGCUGCUCCAGAGAUUCAGUCCAAUGUGCUGUGCCACGGAAACAAACUCCAUAACAGGUGACGCCAUUUUGACUUCUGAUUUGGUAAACUUGGCCAACAAGGACACGAUAGGCUUCUUCAUCGCUAAAUUUAAGAAGCUGUAAGGCACUCCAUGGACGAGCACAUACAGGUGGCCUUCACUGUCCUAACAUACAAGUGACGCGGUGACGAGAGCACCACUAGGCUUAGCAACACACCGAUGGGCGACUGACUGCGUAAUCAGAGAGAGGCACUGGUAAGAAGUCUUUGACAAUACGUAAUCGAGAGUAUGUGCCCCUGUAAGACCCCCGGCCUGAUGAUCCCUUCAUGAUCCAUAGAGCCAGUACCUCGUGUGUUUUAAUAAAAUUCAUUUGAAUUGCUUGUC